GCGGGGCGCAGGAGGGACUAUGGGAAACGGGAUGUGCUCCCGAAAGCAGAAGCGGAUCUUCCAGACGCUGCUACUACUCACCGUGGUCUUUGGCUUUCUCUAUGGCGCGAUGCUCUACUUGGAACUGCAGACCCAAUUGCGCAAAGCCGAGGCGGUGGCGCUCAAGUACCAGCAGCAUCAGGACUCACUUUCUGCCCAGUUGCAAGUUGUAUAUGAACACCGAUCAAGAUUAGAGAAAUCUUUGCAAAAAGAAAGGCUUGAACACAAGAAAGCAAAGGAAGAUUUCCUUGUUUAUAAGUUAGAAGCACAAGAGACCCUAAACAAAGGAAGGCAAGAUUCCAAUAGCCGAUACAGUGCAUUGAAUGUCCAGCAUCAGAUGCUGAAAAGUCAGCACGAGGAGCUGAAGAAACAGCACAGUGUCUUGGAAGAGGAGCAUCGCAAGCAAGGAGAAGACUUCAGUAGAACAUUCAAUGACCACAAACAGAGAUACCUGCAGCUCCAGCAAGAAAAGGAACAAGAACUUUCUAAGCUGAAAGAAACUGUAUAUAAUUUGAGAGAAGAGAAUAAACAACUAAGAAAAGCACACCAAGACAUUCACACACAGCUUCAAGAUGUCAAGCAACAGCAUAAGAAUUUACUCUCCGAGCACGAACGGCUUGUAGUGACUUUGGAAGACCACAAGAGUGCACUGGCUGCUGCACAGACUCAAGUUGCAGAAUAUAAACAACUAAAAGAUACUCUGAACAAGAUUCCGAGCUUUCGAAAUCCUGACACAGAAGAGCACCGAAAUGUCACCUUUCCUCAAGGGACUCCACAAGGUUCCAACAUAAGAGCGAAACCAACAGGAGAGGUGUCUCUCCACAAUGAGGUGUGGCAGAACCAGGAAGCAGUGCCAGGAAGACUAGAAGAGAAGCCUUUCUCUUCCAUGCAGAAGGAAGCAAGAUUCCAGGCCCCAGCAGAGCAGAACCAAGUGGAAGCCAGGGAGCCGGAAGAGCAUCAGGUGGAAGACGAGCACAGGAAGGCACUGGAAGAGGAGGAAAUGGAGCAGGUGGGGCGGGCAGAACGUCUGGAGGAAGAACACGACCCAUCACCAGAGGAGCAGGAUCGGGAGUGGCACAAUCAGCAGGGACAGGAUGCAGCCCACCUUCUGGAUGGCCACCCUCAAGCUGAGGUGGACCAUUCCACCAAGGCAAUCACAAAUUUCCGAUCCCCAUAUGAGGAGCAGCUCAAUCAGCAGAGGCUGGCAGCAAGGAGGGAUGAGGAAGCCCAGAGGCUCAGAGAACACCAGGAAGCCUUGCACCAACAGAGGCUACAUGGACAUUUGCUACAGCAACAGCAGCAGCAGCAGUUCCUGGCCAGAGAGAUGGCUCAGCAGAAGCAAGCAGGGCAUGAGGAAGUCCAGCAGCCGCAGCACCCGGAGCAGCUAAGCAGGCAGCAAGUUAAUUACAAUGCUGUAGAGAAUGACAUUGUGCAUGGAGCUGAGGACCAGGGAAUCCGUGAAGAAGAGGGAGGAGCCUAUGAAAGAGAUAACCAACGCCAAGAUGAAGCUGAAGGAGACACAGGCAACAGACAGGAACAUCAUGAACCAGAGCCCCAAGAAGCUGACCCAGAAGCCGAGGCAGAUAGGGCAGCUGUGGAGGACAUAAACCCAGCAGAUGACCCCAACAAUCAAGGGGAAGAUGAAUUUGAGGAAGCUGAGCAAGUGAGAGAAGAAAAUUUGCCCGAGGAAAGUGAAGAGCAAAAACAAAGUGAAGCCAAGCAAGAGAAUGCAGAAAUGGAUGAGCACUUGGUGAUGGCAGGGAAUCCAGACCAGCAGGAGGAUAAUGUUGAUGAACAGUACCAGGAAGAAGCAGAGGAGGAGGUUCAGGAAGAUUUGACUGAAGAGAAGAAAAGGGAAUUGGAGCAUAAUGCUGAAGAGACCUAUGGUGAAAAUGCUGAUGAUAAAAAUAAUGAUGGUGAAGAACAAGGAGCCCAAGAUGGUGCCCAUCCCAGAGGAAGAGAGGAGCAUUAUGAGCAGGAGGAAGAUGAGGAAGAAGACGGGGCAGCUGGUGCCCAGAAAUCACAUCGUAGAGCCGAAAUGUAGCUGGAUUUGAUUUCUAAACUGUGCUCAGCCAAUUUUUUAUUCAAGCUGCUCUAAAACAAAUCCUGCCUACUGAAUUCUAGAAUAUUUAAUUUACAUACAAAAGUAAGGGUUUAGACUUUUUUAACUUUUAUAUUAGAAAUACUAUACAUUUAUAUGAAUAUAUUUUGAUAACUUAGCUUAGAACUUCUUUUAUAGUCAAGUUAAACACUGACAGGAAGAAAAACAAUUAAGACAUGCUUUCAGGUCUGAAUCUCAUUCCUCAGAGAUGGUGUGAUGUAAAAUACUUGGCUUUGGUGCAUGGCUCAGCUCAUUAUUUUUUUAUCAUCUGACUUCUAGGUAGUCUACCAUUUAUAUUGGACAAAAGGCAGGUUGGAUUUAGAAACAAGGUAUACUGAGAAACACUGUGUGCAAAUGUCCAGGGAAUGACUGGUAGCCUAGUGGCUAUUUUUCAGGUUCUUAUGUACAGCUCUGAUAGGAUGUCACUACUACAGGCUGUCUAGAAAUGAGAUCUAUCUGCACAGUUGAUGUACAAAUGCAAAGCCUUUAUUUGUGGCAGAGCAAAGACUUCUUUGGUUCAAAGUUUAAGUCAGUUAGAAGAAUAUUAUCAAUGUUUAAAAUCACAGCAGUCAUGCUUGAGAGAAAUCAAGUAUGAAAGUUAAAUAAUAUUAAUACUCCUAUGAAAAUAUCUUGGACUUCGUCUUUUGUUACAGAGGCCAAAGAGGGCCUGACACACUUAGAAACGUAUAUGGUAUGUGUGAUGAUGCUUCCUGGGUGAACUCCAGGCUCCAUCAUUUCUUAAGUCUUUUGUAAUAUGUUCAUCAGUAUCCAGUUUCUACGACAUGUGUUUCUCCCUUAAGCUCUGUGCCUUGGUAUUUAGAUCACAGUUGUUGAUAUGAAAGCAUGUAGUUUAAUAAGAUUAUUUUUCACAACUGUAGUUUCAGAACUAUGUAGUGAAAUAUCUGUAGCACUAUAAUUGGAACUCCAUCCUCAGUGGCUUUACUAUUUACCCAGAAUUGGCCUGCCUUUGCCUAUAUAUAAAGCAUUUUAAUGGCUUUUGAAUAAUAACACAUCCUUUAGGGGAAAAUUCAUAGAGGAAAUUUUUCCCUGAAAUGAGCACAUAUUUUAGUUUGGAUCAUCAAUAUUGUUGAGCAUGUAAAAAGGGGCCACAAUUCUUCUGUGUGUGGUUUUUAAAUACUACUUUCAAAAUAAUAAAAAUUAAUUUCAUUUUCUGCUAUUACCGUAUGAAUAUAAUUUUAGUUUGUAAUAGCCACACUCAUGUAUGGUUUUGAUUUUCCCAGCUGAAUAUUUGUGUGUGUUUGCAUAGAAAUGUUCUGUUCAAACGUAUUGUGGAUUGCCAGUUACCAUAAAUCAAAUCUUAUCUUUAUGUAUAAAAGCCCCUUAUGUAAUGUAAAAUGUAUAAUAUUGUACAUAAUACUCAAAAUACAAUUAUUUUGGUAAAUUAGUUUGUAUUUUAAUGUCCCAGUUGCAGUAUUUAAUUAUUUGAAACAUAUCAAAACUUGGGUAAUAAUCAAUAAAGCUAUAAAGAGUGAAGGGUAAGUCUUU